AUCACGUAAUUCGCGCGGGAAAGUUUAUCACGAUUGUUUUGAUUAUGUUUGGCUGCUCAAUCUAUCCUGCUAGCUAGUUACUCACUACUCCCUGCUUAAAACUUAGUAAAAUGCCUGUUCCUGCCGAAGAAAAAGCUGCAUCUGGAUGCAGUAAAGAUGGUCCUUCUGUUGACAAGGAACAGAAAACAUCAAAACAAGCCACUAUAGCUUCUUUAUUUCAACGAAGUUCAAAAAGGAAGAAGUGUAAAGAAGAAAGUUUAUCCGUUGUUGGGAAUGAAAAUGAAAAGAAAAAACAAAAAACUGAAAAUGUGGUUCCUCCAGACUCGAAUGGAAUAAAAGGAGAAGAAAAUGAAAAAGCAAAGAUGGAUGUUGAUGAAAAAACUGAUAUUAAACAGGGUGUAUCCUUAGAGAAGUCUUCGAAAAAGGUUAUUGAAAGGUGUCAUCAAUGUCGACAAAUUAUCCAUAAAGAUGAAAUUAAAAUGUUUGGAGGAGAUUCACCAGAUGCGGUGGAUGAGUUUGUUAUGCUGUGCGAUCCAAGACUGUCAUUACUGACAGGAAAUGAACAGGAAUAUGAUAAUUAUGAUGAUCGACCACAACAUAAACUGACUGAUUUCAGUGUUUAUGACAAGUGUGAUCAUCUGUGUGCAUUUGAUACUGGUUUGAUUGACAAGAACAUUGAGUUGUUCUUCAGUGGUUAUGUCAAGCCUGUUUAUGAUGAAAAUCCUGAUAAAGAAGGUGGAGUAUGCACGAAAAAGAUGGGUCCUAUAAAUGAGUGGUGGAUUUCAGGUUUUGAUGGUGGUGAAAAUGCAUUGAUUGGAUUUAGUACUGCCUUCGCUGAAUAUAUUUUGAUGCGUCCAUCUGAUGAAUACACAUCAUUCAUGAAUGCAGUUUCCGAAAAGAUAUGCAUGAGCAAAGUUGUAAUUGAAUUCAUCAUCUCCAACCCAGAGGCUCGGUAUGAAGAAUUAUUAAAUAAAAUUGAGACAACUGUUCCCCCUGAAAACUGUUCGCAAUUAACAGAAGAUUCUCUGCUUCGCCAUGCACAAUUUCUUGUUGAUCAGGUUGAAAGCUUUGAUUCUGCCGCAGCUGAAAAUGAAGAAGAGCCACCAUUAAUUGCUACAAACUGUAUGAGAGAUUUGAUCAAACUUGCAGGUGUUACCUUAGGAAAGAGACGUCAGUUGAGGGGAGUUAAGGUGAAGGCAGAGAAGAAAGCAUUGGGGCCAACACUGGCUACGACAACACCCUUGGUUCGAUACGUGUUUGACACUUUCUUUAAAGAUCAAAUUGAUUUGAAAGCCACAAGUGCCCAACGCAAGCGGCGUUGUGGUGUUUGUGAAAUCUGCCAACAGCCUGACUGUGGUAAAUGCAAAGCUUGUAAAGACAUGGUAAAGUUUGGUGGAACUGGCAAAGCAAAACAAUGCUGUAUAAAUAGAAGGUGUCCUAAUUUAGCAGUGCAACAAGCUGAUGAAAAUGCUGAAAGUCAAGAUGAAGAUGCAGAACCAUUGAAAUCACCUUUAAAAUCACCACUAAAAGAAGACAGAUCUCCAAAGCUGUCAAGAAAAGGUUCCGAAAAAAUUGUGAAGACAAAAUGUAAAUGGGCUUGUGAGCCACAUAUUGAAAAGAAGAGCAAGAAGAUGUACAAGAGUGUUUAUAUCAACAAUGAGUUGAUUACUGUUGGUGAUUAUGUAAAAGUUUGUCCUGACAACCCAACAGAUCCACUUUAUAUCUGCCGUGUUACUUACAUGUGGGAGGAUUUCAAUGGGAAAAAAAUGUUCCACGCACAAUGGUUAUAUCGGUCAGCUGAAACAAUUUUAGGAGAAACUGGCGAUCCUGCUGAACUAUUUCUUUGUGAUGACUGUGACAAUAAUCCACUAGGUUCCAUCAUGUGCAAAUGCAAGGUUCAGUUUAACUUACCAACCAAAGAUUGGUUUAACGAAGGAGGUUCGAAUGUAAUUGAACAUGAUGCUGAUGAUGAUAAAGAAAUUCUCACAUUACAAAAAUGGUAUGAUGUGGAGGAGGGAGCUUUCAUCGACCCACCUAUUGAAUUUUUGCACAACUGUUUUGAUGAACGGUACUGUCCUUGUUGUGAUCGUGAAUCAAGAAAAAAGAAGGUAAAUACUCCUCAACUGAUGGAAGAGUUAGAAGACGAAAACACAGACAGCACAGUAUAUUACAGGAAAUUUCUAUGGAUGGAACAAGAGUUUGCCAUUGGUGAUUGUGUUUAUAUCAAUCCUGAAGCUUAUAAGUUCAAAAAACGUGUUAAAAACGACCAAAUCAAAAGUAAAAAAGAAGAAACGUUUGAUGAGGAAACAUACCCGGAAUUAUACAGAAAGACGAAAGAUUACAUCAAAGGAAGUAACGUGGACAUUGCUGAUCCCUACAGAAUAGGUUGUAUCUUAAAUAUCAUGCAGAAGAAAGGUAGCUAUGGUGACAAUACUGAUAUUGUAUUACAUGUCCGGAAAUUCUACAGGCCAGAGAACACUCACAAAGGUUUCACUGGCAGCACAAAUUCAGAUCUCAAUUUGUUGUACUGGUGUGAUGAAGAAGCGACAGUUUCUUUUGACUAUGUGGAGGAAAAAUGUUAUGUGGUUUAUAUCGAUGACCCUGACAUCGAUGUAAAUGAGUAUACAAAUGAUGGUCCUGAUAGGUUUUACUUUACUGAGUCGUAUGAUCCUAACACAGAAGAGUUUGACAUACCACCAAGCAAAGCAAGAAAUGAACUCUCUGGAGGAAAGUCUUCUGGCAAAGGAAAGGGAAAAGCAAGAAAGAAAGGUUCGAUUUUCCAACAAAGUGCUCUUCUUACGAAUCAUCCAGUUUAUGAAAAAGUAGACAAAUUACGAACAUUGGAUAUCUUUGCUGGCUGUGGAGGUUUAUCAGAAGGUCUUCAUCAAGUUGGUGUAGCCGACAGUCGGUGGGCCAUCGAAUUCGAACCAUCUGCCGCUCAAGCGUAUCGUUUGAAUAACCCAGGAACCAUUGUGUUCAAUGCUGACUGUAAUCAUAUAUUAAAGUUGAUAAUGGAGGGAAAAGAGACAAACGAAUCAGGGCAACGCCUACCUCGAAGAGGUGAAGUAGACCUCUUAUGUGGUGGGCCACCUUGUCAAGGCUUCAGUGGGAUGAAUCGAUUUAACCACAGAGAAUAUUCUAUGUUCAAGAAUUCCUUGGUGACGUCGUAUUUGAGUUACUGCGAUUAUUUCCGUCCGAAGUUCUUUAUAUUGGAGAACGUUCGUAAUUUUGUAUCUUUUAAAAAGGGUAUGGUUCUGAAGUUGAUAAUGAAGUGUUUAUUAAAGAUGGGAUACCAGUGUGAAUUUGGUGUGUUGCAAGCAGGCUCAUAUGGCGUACCUCAAACCAGGCGUCGCGCUAUAUUAAUCGCCGCUGCACCUGGCGAAAUCUUGCCGAAAUACCCAGAGUGUCAACACGUUUUUGCUCCUAAAGGUCUUGCGUUAUCUGUAACUAUUGAUGAUAAAAAGUAUCAAGCCGUGAAAAGGUUACAUACAGCGCCGUACAGAACCAUUACAGUUCGUGAUGCAAUGAGCGAUCUUCCUGAGAUUAAGAAUGGAGCUAAAAAACCUGAAAUCGGUUACGAUAGUGAACCAAUAUCUCACUUUCAAAAAAUGAUGAGAGGUAAGCAUGUGCAACAAGUUCUACGUGACCACGUGUGUAAAGACAUGAGUCCUCUAGUAGAAGCACGCAUGCAGUAUAUACCAUGCAAGCCAGGUAGCGACUGGAGAGAUCUACCGAAUACAGUGGUGAAAUUAAGAGAUGGAAAUUAUACUAAAAAACUUUUAUAUCUCCACCACGAUAAAAAGCAAGGCCCUGCAAAUAACGGAGAUAUGCGGGGUGUUUGCGCAUGUGCAACUGGCGCAUCAUGUGAUUCCGCUGACCGACAAUUCAACACGUUAAUCCCGUGGUGUUUACCGCACACUAGCAAUCGACACAAUCAUUGGGCGGGUUUAUAUGGUAGGUUGGAAUGGGACGGAUUUUUCAGUACGACGGUUACAAAUCCUGAGCCAAUGGGAAAGCAGGGUCGUGUUUUACACCCGGAACAACACCGCGUGGUUAGUGUGCGAGAGUGUGCCCGCUCCCAGGGCUUCCCAGACACCUUCAGGUUCUUUGGAAAUAUUCUCGACAAACACAGACAAAUUGGAAACGCUGUUGCUCCUCCAAUGGCUGCAGCUAUUGGUCAAGAAAUUAGAAAAUCCAUUGUCCAGAAAAACAUGAAGAAUAAUGAAAAUGAGACCAAUAGGAGUGACGUCAUUGAAGAAAGUGAAAAAAAGCGGGAAGUUAAAGAAACUGUGAAACAAGAAAAUAAAGAUGGUGAUAUUGAAGAUGAUGGCAAUUCAUCUUAAAGUAUCAAAUGAUUUGUUUUUAAUGAUUUUAGCUAAUAUUUUAUUGUAUAAAAAAAUUUCAAUGUAUUAUUCCAAUUUUGAUAAGUGCAUAAAUAAUUCUGUAUCUUUUACUCGUAAACAA